AUGGUGUGGUCACUGCAAAUCGCUGUUGGUGUACUAGGUUUCCCCACCAUCAAAAUAUUCGGCACAAACAAGCGUUCGCCUACCAGCUACAAUGGUCAACGCACAGCUAAAGCUAUUGCGGAGGCGGCACUGGCCGAGGCCAAAAAGAAGGUACAAGAAGUGCUCGGCGGGGGCGGCGGCAGCAGUAACAGCGGCAGUGGCAGCGGUGCUGAUGCUGUCAUUGAAUUGACUGAUGACAAUUUUGACAAACUGGUUUUGAAUUCAGAUGAUAUUUGGUUGGUUGAAUUCUUUGCACCAUGGUGUGGUCAUUGCAAGAACUUGGCUCCUGAAUGGGCUAAAGCCGCCAAGGAACUUAAGGGGAAAGUGAAGUUGGGUGCAUUGGAUGCUACAGUGCAUCAGAGCAAAGCAUCGGUAGGUUUAAUAAAUAUAAAUUUAACUUAG